AUGGCCUCGACGGCUCAGAAGAUUGACUCUGAUUAUCGAGUUGCAAAAUCUCUCCCGUUUGAACUACGCCAACAUUGUGCUAUCUAUUUUGAAGAGAAACUAUAUUCUCAAGCUUUGAGCCUUCUAUUAAAUCUAUUGACCUGUGGCACCACUAUCCAUGCCCCGGCCUUGGUUCCAGCACCCCAGCAUUUGGCGCUUGCUGCAACAAUCCUAGUUCACCCCUCCACGACUACCCAAGCCAAAUCGAAAGAGGAGGCGGACGCCGCUGGCGCCGCAUUGCAGCUCCUGCGUCUGACCCUUGAGCUAGUGGGGCCGAUCUCUGCAAAAUUUGACAUUGCUUUUACUUUCAAACAUUUUAGUUCAUCAAGACAUGGCGGCCAGUGGCGAAGCGAAGAGACCACCACAUCUGGGUUUGGAUUCGAUGACGAUGAGACGCCAUUAAACUUGGACGUUGCAAGGUCGAAAUCUUUGUGGUCUCGAGCGGAAGACUUUUGGCAUAUUGUCGGUUGGGCAUUCAAUUGCUCGGUCCUGUAUCCACGGCGCUGGGAGAGAUGGCAGACAUGGCUGGAUUUCAUGUGCUUGGCCAUGGAAGUGGACUGGAUGCAACGCGAGAGUGCGAUUAAUGCAGACCGAGAAGGGGAUUUAGAAACCGUUAUGAAGGAAAGCUUGGUAUGGAAAUUUAUCUCAACAAGCCAUGCUGGCAACGGGCGAGAUCGCCGUAUGUUGCGGGCUAUAUUUGCCGAUGGCAGUGGCACAUCGUUAACCGAAUUUCGCGAAGUUUUCAAAAAUGAGCUGAAGGAGCUAAACCAAGAGGAUAAAACUCCCAGUGCGAAGAGAAGGACCGAAGUAAACAUAGACGAAGACGAAUAUGGUGAUUACCUGUCUGAAGGUGAAGAUGACUCGGACGCACCAGACAAAUAUACAAGAACUCGGGCAAAACGUGCUCGUGUGGGCACAAGAGCCUCUGACCCUACUGUUGCUGAAACAGAAGCAGAAACAAAGGAUUUGACAGACGGUGAUAAAUUGAGAGAAGAGAUAGCAGCUUCCGGUGGUUUUCAGUCCCUCGCGCUCCGUCAGCGCCUAUUAGCUCUUCUUUCCAGGGUGUCUAAUGCUAUGCCUAAAACCUUUAUGAAUCUUGAUGCGCUCUACAUUCUGUACGUUGAAAACAUUCGACACCUGCCUCUGCCCGUUUUUCAAGCCUUCGUUUCUCCAACGAUCCUUCCGUGGUUCCAGCCACAUGCGCAAAGUACGCUAUGUGAAGCGCUGCUUUGGCGGAUGCGCGAGACGUCGGGGCCCGACUCAUCUGAUGAUUAUCUCAAUCAGAAGAAGCUCCAAGAAUGCUACCUGCCAUAUGCCGCAAGUACUGCAAGCGCAGUAGACAAUGCCAAACUAUCGAUCCUUCUAGAAUCGCUAAUCGUACUUCUGGCCAACAACGAUUUGCUUCGCAAUACCCCUAUACUCAGAGAAGCUGUUAUUACGGGCAACACCAGGCGAAUAGUCAAAGCCGAGGCUGAAAUUCGCCGUAAUAAAGCAAGCCGUGAGCUUGAGGACGAAGAAUGGACCUGGCUCGUUGAGAGUGCAGAUCGAUUGCUAUAUCUCGUUCAAGAGUUACUGCCAAUGGAAGGGUUGUCAAACGAUGAAUAA